CCAAAAAAAACUUCCAUCCAAUAGAACCCUAAUUUCCACAAAUCACCACCUAUAAAAACCCUAAUUCCGCCAUGCAAGAACCUCCACCUACACACACAGCUACACAAAUUAAUUGAAUUAAUUAAUUACUAACAGCAGCAGCAGCCAUGAAUUCAGACAACACAAGGUUUCUUACAACACUCAUCUCCUUCCUCAUCCUCGGCGGCGCCGCCGUCCACGGCCAGAACUCCAACCAGGACUUCCUCGACGCCCACAACGCCGCCCGGCGGAAUGUCGGCGUCGGGCCGAUGACGUGGGACGUCAACGUGGCGAACUUCGCCCGGAAUUACGUCAACUCGCGGCUCGGCGACUGCAACAUGGUUCACUCGCCGAACCGGCCGGGUUACGGCGAGAACCUGGCCAAGGGCAGCGGGGCCUUCACCGGUCGGGCCGCCGUGAACCUGUGGGUGUCGGAGAAGCAGUACUACAACUACGGUUCGAACAGCUGCGCGCCCGGCCGUGUCUGCGGCCACUACACGCAGGUGGUCUGGCGCAACUCGAACCGGCUCGGCUGCGCCCGGGCGCGCUGCGCCAACGGCUGGUGGUUCGUGUCGUGUAACUACGCGCCGGCCGGGAACUGGGCCGGCCAGCGCCCUUAUUGAUUCAUUACGGUCGGACCGCCAACGUCGUUUUCAAUUAGAAAUAAAUAUAUGUGAAUGUGUGUUCUUAUAUGCAUGCAGUAAUAAUAUUUGGAAUUACGUUUGUAUUGAAAAUUUGAAAAAUGUUUUGAUUAAUGAAUAAAUUGU